GUGUUCAGUUUGUAGGAUAUGCUGCCUGGCACAUCACAUCUCUGAAGAUCAUGGUUGCACUAACCUCAACGUAUCUGAUCCUUGUUAAGUAUGCUGGCGUGUUAAUUCACCAAUUUAUCAUAAAGGGUGACAACUGCAAUCCUUAUAUCAACAUUCAAAAUAAUCACAUCUUGAUUGAUUAUGAGAAGUGUGACAUUGAUGCCGUUAUUCGUAUCAAGGCAUGUGUUACGAAUGCAUUAUGUAUCGCAUCAUCUGCACACUUGCAUUGUGACUGCAAUAACGCAGGUGGCAGCGUUUCAACAAACUGUGAAGAGAUUGACCCACUCUUUAUCAAUGGUGGAAUUGGUUUCAACAAAAGGCGGUGUCCACCUGGGUACUUCGUUAACCUAAGAAAAUUCUACAUUGACUUAGGUUGUCACAGGACAGGAUCUCUUGCAGUUGUCCUUUGUACUGUAAAGACAAAGUGCUUCUAUAAACCCAACAAGUACCACUGUACAUGUGCGAACUCGUACCUACCAACUAAAAUUAUAACUAAAAGAACUUCAAUCGGGUGCAGAGAUAUUAAUGAAUGCCUUUCAAAUCCGUGUAAUCCUUGGGAAGACUGCACAAAUACACCUGGAAGUUUCACCUGUACAAACACUACAUGCAUUGAUGUGAAUCAUUUCAACAAUUCGCAGUGCAGCUUCAUUCACUGGGACAAGCAGGCACAGCUCCCCUGGUUUUCUUCUCACCAAUAUUGUUCUGUGAUUAAUUCACUUGUUAUCUUAGUGAAUAAACAGUGCCAACACAAGAAUGAUGACCUUUUAAUACAGGAAGUGAUUUCAACUGGAAGCGAUCUUCUUGAGAAAGAUUCCAUGUGGGGCGAAUUAGAAAGCGAUAAGCGACUUUAUUUAGCAUCUGUGUUCCUGCAGGCUGUGGAAAAUGCUGUCGUUGGUGCCACCUUGAGUUUACAGGACCAAGAAAGCAGCAUUGAGUUGACUAACAUUGGUGUGGAAAUACUGAACCUUCGUGGACUUAAAAGUUCAGCCUCUGACAUAAUAAGUCUGCAGACAAAAGGCAAUGCUGUGGAUAUAGAUCGAAACACCAUCACUAGAAAUCAAACCGAUGAUGUUGCAGCUGUGGCUUUGAUUGCCUACAGCAACAUGGAUUCCAUCCUCAAGGGGUGUCCUUUCAAGCUCAGCACCUCAGGCGGAAAUCAGACAACAUUUCAGUUAGUCUCCAAUGUAGUUUCAGCUGUGAUGACUAACAGAGAGAACCAUGACCCCAAAACGAUGCUUAUCUUCACGUUCAGGCAAACAGAGGAACCAGUUGAUGGCUGGAGCAUGCACUGUGCCCACUGGAAUUACGCACCUGAAGAAAGUUACUGGACUCCCGAUGGAUGCAGUUUGCAAGAUUCCAAUGGAACACACACCCGCUGCCAGUGCAACCAGGUCUCCAACCUCGCUCUGCUGAUUGCUCCUUUCAAAUGGAAGGGUGAACCAUAUGCCCUAAAUGUAAUUACAGACGUUGGGAUUCCUGUGUCACUUGUGUGUCUCAUUGUUACUAUUGGAACCAUAGUCCUUUGGGAGGAGCUUAAGAGUGCUGUGAUUAUCACACACAUGCAGCUGUGUGUGAGCCUUUUCCUGGCAGAACUACUCUUCAUUAUAGGAAUCAACAGAACUGGACACCGGAUUGUGUGUGGGGUUAUAGCUGGAUUUUUACAUUACUUGUUCCUGUCGGCCUUUGUGUGGAUGUUUUUGGAAGGAAUUCAGCUCUACCUGUUGGUCAGAAACAUCAAGAAUUUAAGAAUUUCUAAGUCGGAGAAAAUGGGCAAGUACAUGUACGGAUGUGGCUACGGGAUUCCUGCAGUAAUAGUGGUCGUUUCUGCUGCUAUCUACCCUGACGGCUAUGGAUCACCCAACUACUGCUGGCUACAAAAACAGAGGAGAUUCAAUUGGAGCUUCCUGGGACCUGUGUGCCUAAUAAUUGGGAUCAAUACAUUCCUUUUCCUGAUAACGCUCUGGAAUUUAAAGAAAGAAAUUGACAAACGAGAUAUUGAAGUGUCAAAGCUCAAAGACACUAGGAUGUUGACGUUUAAAGCCAUCGGGCGAGUGUUUAUUCUGGGUUGCAGCUGGAUCCUUGGCUUGCUCCACUUUGAUGAGGAUACGAUAGUGAUGGCGUAUUUGUUCACCAUUGUCAACAGUUUCCAGGGCUUCUUCAUCUUCAUCAUCCUCUGUGUGUUAAAUCCCAAGGUGGUAACCCAGUGCAAGAGGUUGUUUUCUGUGAUGUGUAGGAACAAGAAGAUAGUUUCACCCAAGGACGCCGCCACAAUAAUACAUCAACUUAGAUGAGUGGCGAGCAGUGAUGGUAUCCUUAUCACAGCUUCUGUGACAGAGACUCAGCAGAUGACGAAGUGAUGGCCAUCAUCUUUGAGACAGCAAUGAGAAUUAACUUCACAAAGAGACUUGCAACAAAUUACCUUGACUAUUUCAAUCACGAAGGACAUGACUGUGUGCUAUUGCUUAGAAUUGGUCUACAGUUCUACAACACUUUGGCUCAGUUUCUUCCAAAUGCCAACUUCUGCUGCCCUGAAGCACAGCAGAGCAUGGGAGCACAGACUCCUCCAACAGGAAUGGUGCUUGAACUCGAAAAUAAUUGUUUCUUCAUCAAACCAAGAUCCCGAGCUAAUAACAGCUGUGGAAAUGUCGCCAUUACACCACGGUUUUCAUGAAACACAGCAAGAGAGAGAAAGAGACACUCUCUUCAUCCUCAAGGGAAACUAAGAACUGGGUAACAAAAGCUAACCUUGAACAAACAACCAAUUCUGAGAAUGGAUUUU